AUGGCACGAACUCGAAUUCUAAGCUCCCAGGCUGCGAUAUGGGCCCUGAUUGUGCUCGCCCUUGGUAUUUUGUACAAAGCCUAUGUGCACAACAUCAUCUUUCUCACAAUCGGGAUCGGCCGAGAGAUCCAAUCAAUUGACGAAUUCCCAUGGACCUGCACUCGCCUCCAGCAUCCUCUCUUAGAAGGAUGUGAGGAUAUGUGGCUAGAUGACCAAGAACGAAAACUGUACGCAGCAUGCAGCACUAUAGAAUCCAGACAGGGAUGGAGUCCCGGUGGCAGCAAAUACAACAUCUCCGCGAGAUCUCGCACGGAUCAUAUCGCAGUGUUGAAUAUUGACCAACCCGGCCCGGACGGGCUGUAUGGUCUCCAUAAGCUCAAAGUUGGUGGUUACUUCGGGAAUCUGGAUCUGCAUGGAUUCGACGUGCGCAGUAUUGACGGCAGACUUCGAUUCUGGUUGAUCAAUCAUAGACCCCCAGUCGAUUCUACAACGGGAGAGUUCCUUGAUGCCUGGGUCGUUGGAGCGAACUCCACAAUUGAGAUAUUUGAUUUGGACGAGGCAUCAGAGACCCUUGAGUAUAUCAAAACUAUAGUCAGCGACGCAAUCGUCACGCCUAACAACUUGUCCGUUGAUAAGAAUGGUUUGGGAAUCGUGAUUACCAAUGACCACAACGCCAAGGUUAGCACUUUCGCGGAGUUGGAAAUGUUGAUUGGCGGAGGAAGCCUCACAUAUUGUCGAUCUGACACAGGAAAGUGUCAUGUCGCUGCCAACAAAGGGUUUUCCUUUGCCAACGGGAUUGUCCAAGAGAACGGACUCUACUAUGUGGCUCAUUCAGUGACUGGAGUCGUGACUGUCCACAAAUUAGUUGGCGACCAGCUGAUUCAAGUUGAUAAAAUCUACACGGGAUACCCACUCGAUAAUCUGUCGCUCGACGCAGAUGGGAACCUCCUGGCUGCCGCAAUUCCGGAUUCCAUUGCGUUUAUGAAGUCUCUAGAGGACCCAUACGGGUUUGUUGCUCCUGCUACUGUUCUCGCGGUCAAUGGGAUAGCUACUCAGUUGAGAACUCACAGCGGGAAGGAUUGUAAGGUCUCGAAGCUCUUGGAGGACAGAGAUGCCAAAUGGCUUCCUAGUUCGACUGUUGUCGUGAAAGAUGUGAAAUUACACCGCUUGUUCCUUAGUGGAGUCUUAUCGCCAUUCAUCACCAUAUGUGAGCAGCGUGUUUAG